UGACAAACUCAUCUCAGCCAAAUUGACACAGGAAAAUGUAAUAAUUAAUAAUGUAUUAAUAAAUUUUAUUUAUAACAAUUAAUUAUGUGAAAAUAAUAAUCAUUGUGUUAUAUACUGCCGCCCGUUGAUAACUAACAAGAUGGCUCUGAAUUUGGAGAGCUGCGACAGCCUGCCUCCAGACGAGGAGCCAAAACUCAAAUAUGAUCGGAUGGGAAACGAUAUCCAAGAUAUACUCCUCAAAGACGCAGUAAGCUGUAUUUGUGUGCAUACGAAAUUUAUCUGUCUCGGUACUCAGUGGGGCGUGAUACACUUGCUCGACCACGAAGGCAACAUUGUGCCAAUAUCUCAAGAUGGCAAAGACAAAGAACUGCAGGCUCACGCGAUCGCAGUGAAUAAGAUAUCGGUAGAUUUGAAUGGGGACUACAUUGCAAGUUGUUCUGACGAUGGCAAGGUCCUCGUACAUGGACUAUAUACUAGUGAGAACACACACAGCCUUGUUCUAGGACGACUGGUCAAAUCUGUAGCCUUAGAUCCUUAUUAUUUCAAGUCUGGUUCUGGUCGAAGAUUCCUCACAGGAGACAAUAAGUUGACCCUAUAUGAAAAGACAUUUUUGAAUCGUCUCCGUAGUACCGUUUUGUUUGAAUGUGAAGGAAAUGUCCAAGCUAUAGCAUGGCAUGAGAGAUUUGUAGCGUGGGCCAGCGAGGUUGGUGUUAGAGUUUACGAUCUUCAGGCACGAUGUUCCCUAGGGCUCAUUCAGUGGGAGAAAAGCUCCGCCACAUCAAUAGAGGAUUACCGCUGCAACCUACUAUGGUCGGCAGCAAACACACUUAUGAUUGGUUGGGUUGACACCAUCCGAAUUUGUAGAAUUCGGAAACGAAGUCAGAUUGAACUGCAGACACGGGAUGUGACGGAAUAUCUUGUGGAUCCAGUUUAUACUUUUCAAACUGACUAUUUUAUCAGUGGCUUGGGACCUUUCGAUGAUCAGCUGGUGUUACUUGGUGUACCGAAAGAAUGUGAUUCUGAAACUGGGAAGGCUCAACGGCCAGUACUUAGUGUUGCUGACUAUAAGGAUUGUGAGUUUUGUGAAGUAUCAACAGACUGCUUAAACAUUCGAGGAUAUGAAGAGUAUUCUUGCAAUGACUACUAUCUGGACAUGCUCAUUGAAGAGAAUAGAUUCUUCAUCGUUUCUCCUAAAGACAUUGUAGUAGCUAGUCCAUUUGAUAUCGAUGAAAGGAUCAACUGGCUCACGGACCAUGGUCGUUACGAAAAAGCAAUGUCCGUAUUAGAAGAUGUUGGUGGCAAGACUUCUAAACAUUCAGUGGUGGUGGUCGGAAUACAGUAUUUGGACCAUUUGUUAAUGGAACACAUGUAUGAAGAGGCCGCAAUCUUGUGCGCCAGGAUAUGUAAGAACGACAAAGUAUUGUGGGAAAAUCAGGUAAUGAAAUUUUCAAAAGUGAACCAGCUGAGGGCGAUCAGUCCUUACGUCCCUAAGAACCCAGACCAGGCAUUAAGUCCACAUAUAUAUGGACUGAUACUGUACGAAUAUCGUAAUAUUGAUCCACAGGGGUUUCUAAAGUUAGUUCAGGAGUGGAAUCCGAAGCUGUAUAAUAUAGGUGUAAUCAUCAGUCAGGUGCUAGAGCACUUGUUGACUACGGAAGUAGACAAGAAUGUGUAUCUGGAAGCACUCGCCUUACUCUACUGUUAUCAGAAAAAAUAUGAUAAGGCACUAACAACAUAUCUAACAUUGCAACACAAGGAUGUCUUCAAACUUAUCACACAGUACAAGAUGUAUAAUGUGUUGCAUGACAAAAUAUUGGACCUCAUGACCCUUGAUUCAAACAAGGCUAUCAUAUUGCUGUUAGAAAUCAAAAUUCCAGUGGAAGUUGUCGAGAAACAACUGGAAAAACAUGAUUUUCUAUUGUUUCAAUAUCUUGUCGCCUACAGUAAAAAAGAACCAAAUGGUAAAUACCAUGGAAAGUUAGUAAGACUGUAUGCCGAAUUUGCGAGAGAGAAACUCUUACCAUUUCUGAAAUGCAGUGAUAGUUAUCCCAUACAGGAAGCUCUAGAUGUCUGUCAGGACAAUGAGUUCUACCCAGAAAUGGUAUUCCUGUUAGGCCGUAUCGGUAACACGAGGGAAGCACUACAGAUCAUAAUUGAACAACUACAUGAUAUUAGGCAAGCCAUAGACUUUUGUCAGGAACACAAUGACAAGGAGCUAUGGACAGAUCUGAUAAACAAAACUGUAGAUAAACCUGAAUAUGUGUCCUUACUCCUCAAGAGAAUAGGAAACUAUGUGGAUCCCAGGAUGCUUAUCCAAAAUAUAAAGCCAGGUUGCGAAAUAAAGGAUCUGAAGGACUCUCUGGCGAAGAUGAUGUGUGAUUACCGACUGCAGCUGUCUGUGCAGGAGGCAUGCAAGGUGAUCACACUCAAGAAUUACUUCGAUCUGCAUCAGAAGCUUAUAAUUGGCCAACAGAGGGGUAUUUCUGUGACGGAUGACUUUCUGUGCUGUGUGUGUCAGGGCCGAAUUAUAAUUAAAGACUUGUCAAACGCCUCGGACUUGAAGGUGUACAACUGCAGGCACUCGUUCCACAUAGAGUGUCUGCCGGACGGUGUGCAGUGUAACUACUGUACAGUGUGCAAUGCAGUCAAAAUGUGACCCCACUUGACGAAGCUCAAUGUUUGUGUAUAGUAACAAUAAGUAUUUCUGUACCUAUAAAUUGUAUAUGUAAUUCAAUGUGAAUAUAUUAAUUAACUGUUUUUUAUAUUAUCACUAUGGUGCUUUAAAUCAAUUAGCUUGUAUUGUUUUUUCCUUGUAUGAGAGUGACCAUGCAAGUAGGAAUCAUGUAUUAACCAACUCAUUUAUACAAUACCUCCAAAU